AUGGGGUCCCUGAUGUCCGGUUGGAGCUCAUCAGUACUGAGUGACAAGGAAGUUCAUUUGAUGAGGAACCGGUCGCUGACCAAGGAGGACGUGGCGGCGUUCUGGAGACAGCAGCAGCAGCAGCACGGGAGGCCAACAGCGCCGAAGCCAAACGCCGGCUCUCCCCGCGCGGAGAUGCUAGUCCCGCUCGCCGCUAAGCGUCGGCUCGAGGCGACGAGGUCCUUGCCUCCGCUUCCAGGCCGCGGCGGCGGCACGAGGAGCAACGACGACGACCUGAAGUGCUGCUCGGCUUACGGUUACGGAGCCGGCGACCAGCGGUUAGUCUCCUCCCGUAGCGAGCCGCCGUCGCCCGCGGCGACGGCCCGCGGGGAGGGCUUCUUCCUCCCCGAGAACGCCGCCGCUGAUAGCUCCGGCACGAGCCGCGGCUGGUGGACCCGGAGCAGCUGGGCGUUCCUGAACGAGCCGCCGCCGCUGACAAGGGAGGAGGUGCUGUUGGGCAGGGCGCUGAGGAGCUUCCACGCCGACCGGAUCGUCAUCACCGGCAACGCCUAG